GACUUGCUUCAAUACAUAGUGAGUUUGAAAUUAUCUUAGAUGAUAAUAUAAAAGCUCUAAAGAAAGAUAUGUUCGGUAAUACCGGACAAAACAGAUAUUGUUGGUAAACUGAAAGUUUGUUUACUCCUACCAUUCAUUAACUAAAAAUAAAUGUUAACUUCUGAUAAUAGAAACAAAACAUCUUAACUAAAGUACAUACGUCUCAGAAAGUUACUAGAUACCCAACGUUAGUGAAUAUACAUGUUUUACAAUUUACAAUACUUAUUCGUAUUUUUGGCUCUCCACUGAUAUUAAGGGAAAUGAUUGGAUUUCUGGUACUGGUUUCACUCCUGCCUACAAUAAGUUUAUGCGGCGGAUGUAAUUAUAGUUCUAAUACUGUUCAUUGUCAAGGAAUAACACAAGAUGAUUUCCUCAUGGAACUACUUCGAAAUAAAGAUUUAAUAUUUGAUUUAGAUGAAAUUGUGAUUGAAGAUUCUGACUUUUCCAAUAUACAACCGUUUGUAGAUAUUUCAAACGUUUUGUAUCCAGAACAGGUUAAUAUUCAUUCUUUAACUAUUAGAAGAUCUAGAGUAGAUACGGUCAGUAACGACACAUUUGGGGCUUUCAAGAAUUUGAAGGAACUAAAUUUAAGUCAAAAUAAUAUAACAAAUCUGGUUUGGUUAACUGGUCUACCAUAUUGCUAUGCUUGUAAUUUAGAUUUAAGUUAUAACAACAUUUCUGAAGUUGAAUUUAAUGAUUUGAAGCAAAUGUCAUCAAUUUGGUUAAGCAAUAACGAAAUUUCUAUAUUAAAACCAGCUUCUGAUCAAACAAAUUUUGAUUUUAUAGAUUUGAGCCAUAAUAAAUUAGUGUCUUUCUCCGAAUUUGAGUCCAAUGUAAAUAUACGAUCUUUAGAUUUAAGUUAUAAUUAUCUACAAAAGCUGGCGUUAGAAAGUGAUAAAGAUCUUUUAAAAAUUGAGGGUUAUGGGAAUAGUAAUAUUUCGUAUAUUGGCAAUAGCAACUCUUAUAGUGUUUCUAAUUUUUACUCCAGUUUUAUACCUAAUAAUACUUUAAGCAUAUAUUAUAUAUUUAAGUUAAACUGGUUUGAUACAGAUAUGCCAGUUUUGGAUAGUAAUAAACUACCCAGUAUAAGCUCAGCAGGUACUAUUGAUUUUUCGAACAAUAACUUAACCAGUAUUCCGCAAAAUUAUUUUCAAUCUGUUCAAGCUUCUGUAUUUAAUCUGAGCUUCAAUAACUUUGAUGUAUUAUCUAAUAGAGUUUUCGGAGUAAAUUCAGCCAUUACUACUAUUGAUUUAUCUGUUUCUAAUAUAAGAAAAAUAAGUAAUGAAUUUUUCAUAAACUGCUGUUCUUCCAGUUCGAUCUUCGUAAAUUUAAGUGGUAACGCCAUUGAAAAAUUAGAUGGACUUUGUACGAGAAUACCGCAACUAAACAUUUUAGAUCUUUCUUCUAAUAGAAUAACAAAUUUAUCUCAAAUAUCACUAUCGAAUUGUUCAUAUUUAAAUUCGUAUAAUAUUUCCAACAAUUUUAUAAGCCACAUUCAUCCAGGAGCUUUUCAAGACGUACCUAUAAAAACUCUUGAUUUAAAUGAAAAUAAUUUAUUGUUUAUCAAUAAGUUAACUUUUAGAUACCUUCAAAGCGUUCUAAAAAAUAUUAAUCUAAGAAAAAAUAACAUAUCGACUGUGGGUAGCAAAAGUUUUGGUGAUUUUGAUAAUUUAGAAAUUAUUGACCUAUCAGAAAAUAAAAUAAGGAAUAUUGAAUCGUAUGCUUUCUCAAAUUUGGAAUAUAUUGACACAAUUAAUUUGUCUAACAAUGCAAUUGAAUUACUGCAAAGCUAUACCUUCUACAAUAUUAGUGUCCAAAAUAUCGAUCUUAAAAAUAACCCCAUUCAUUAUAUCAAAGAAAAAGCCUUCUCUAACUUAAAUAAUUUAGAGUCUCUAAAUCUUUCGAACAGUGCUAUCACAUUAUUAGAAAGUGAUGUUUUCUUUAGUUUACCAGCAAUCCGUACCAUAGAUUUAAGCAAUAAUUACAUAUAUUUUUUAAGUAGCUAUACUUUUAAAAACUUACCUGUAAAAAACAUUUACUUAUAUGGAAAUAAAAUAGAAACAAUUUCUCAAAACGCUUUCUACAAUUUGCAGAACUUGAAAUAUUUGGACUUAUCUAAAUUGGGAAUUUCAAUAAUUGAUACCUACGCUUUUAACAACAUGACUAGUUUGGUAGAAGUAAACUUGAAAAAUAACAAUAUAGAGGGAAUUGGGAAAUAUACAUUUCACAUAGUUAAUAUUGGGACGUUACUUCUUAAUUCAAUAUCAAACCCAGUAAUCUUGGAUAAUACCGUUGAAAUUAACACAUUGAUAAUUCAGUUGACUGGUACAGUAGAAGAACAGUUUAUUUCAAGUAUUUUCCUUAAAAAUUUAACUAUAAUAGAUUCUCAUAUUGAAUUACUAAAGAACAAUUGCUUUGUCGAUUUGCCACUAUUAACAUCUCUUAAUUUAAUAAAUACGACAAUUGACGUUUCUGAAGAUUAUGUUUUUAGCGGUUUAACGAGUUUAACUUAUUUAGAUGCAUCACAAAUAUUUAAAAAUAAAACGUUGUUAAAAGAAUAUACAUUUGAAGAUAUGCGGAAUUUACAAGUUCUUAUUAUCUCUAAUUCUGCUUUAGAUACAAUAGAAAAUAACGCUUUUGUCGGUCUUUCGAAUCUAAAAGAACUACAUUUGCAAGGAAACAAAUUGACAGUUGUUAACUUUAACUUUCCAAAUAACGUUAAAUAUUUAGAUCUAUCGUGUAAUUUUAUUGCAAAUAUCCAUUCACAAACAUUUAGAUCAUUAGAAAAUUUAGCUAUAAAUCAAUCUAAAAUUCAGACUCUAAGCAUAGAAACUUUAAAUUUGUCAAGAAACAAAUUGAAAGUUGUAAACUUAACGAUAAUCACUAACGGUUUACCCAACUUGAUUACACUUAAUCUUAGCUCGUCAUCUAUAAAAAUCCUCCAAACCUCAAAACUGGGAACUCCAAAUACAGUUCAAUAUUUAGACUUAUCAAAUAAUUUUAUUGCAAAUUUUGAUUCGCACACAUUUAGAUUAUUCAAAGCUUUAGUUGAGUUGGAUCUUCAUACCAACCAGUUGGUAACAAUUGGGUAUGAAUCCUUCAAUUGUACAAAAAAUCUUCAAACACUGAGAUUAGAUAAUAAUAAAAUCACUUCCUUGAGUGAUGGUGUAAUGGAUGGAUUAGAAAACCUAUCAUUUCUUAAUAUAUCUGAUAAUAAAAAAUUAUUUUUCCGAAGUAAUUUGGUACCUUUUCAAACACUAAGAACUUUAGAUACGUUUUAUGUAGAUAAUACCUACUUGAACAGAUUUACUAUUGAUGUGAAAACAUUCAGAAAAACUUUUCCCCGUUUAUCCAAAAUUGGUAUCAAUGACAACCAGUUAUCUUGCAAUGAUUUAUUAAAAAUAAUGGUAUAUUUCGAUGAUUGCAACAUUGACUACAGGCCUUAUAAUCCAAAAAUUAAUGUAAACAAUUUGAAUGGAAUAACAUGUACUUAAAUAGAAACUAUUGUACUAAAUAUUAUACUGAUAUAUAAAUAAUUAUAAAGGUCUCUAUUUUC